UUUAUUUUGAAAUCUUUAACUUGCAUGCUUUUAUUUUGAAAGCGCAAUACAGCGUCUUGCCACCGGCCCGCCCCCUCAACGGCAGACUGUUUGGGAAGCGGAGUUUGCAGCUGGCAGUGGCGACAGGUAGUCAGAAGUUAAGAUGAAAAGACAGCAGCAGCUCAGUUUAAGUGAUUUCUUUCUCAUGGGGAAGAAAAGAAAGAAAGGAAAUAGAUCAGAUGAAGUUCAGCUGGAAACUAACAGUGGUGACACUGGUGAGGGUGAUGCAGGGAGAGCCAGCACUGCAGAGCUGCAGAGAAGAUGCAAACAUGGCCCAGGAGGAGAGCCACUUCAAACUCUGGCAGAGAAAGCAGACACACAGGCAAAUGUGCCAUCAUUCAGCAUGCUCACUGGACCUCAUGCACAAUGUGAAAGGCUCAUACUUCAGUAGGAUAAUGAAGCCACUGUGGAUUCUUUCUUGUUACUGCUUCUAUAUCUGCCUCUCAUCUGACAACACAGCUGAGGAUAUUACUUCUCUAGGAGAUGGACAAAUACUGAGAACAGAUCAUGAUGUUGCCCUGCCAGGUGAGGAUGGCAAUUCUGGUGGGAUCGAGAAGAAGACGAAGGCAGAGCAUGCCGCAGUGGGGAUAGGUGUUUUCAGAGCCGGCCUGAGGCAUAAGCAAACUAAGGGGCUGCUUGGGGCCACCAGGGGGCCCCCAAUCGAGUGUUGUUUUUUUCUCCUUAACAUUCACCGACGGUCCCAUCUGGGCUCCCGUAGUUCAGAAUGGGCCCAGCCCUCCCCCCACGCGUUUGCUAUGGAGAUACACAAACAACAUGGCAGCGACAACGGCUAAUAUUAGUUAUUUUCUUAACUAGUCGCUUCAUUACUUACUUAACCGUAAUCUCCGUCGAAAUGACCGGCAACACAUGGUGCUCUUUACCCGGCUCAAAAUCACCUAUUCUUGAAUAACUGAACCACGAACUACCGCUGACCUGACGGAGCGAGUAUUGGACGGAGCACCAUGGAGCACCGUCAGCUGUUGAGGAACUCGGUUGCAGCUCAACACACCUACUAGAACGCGUCAUUAACCCGCUU